CACCGCCACGAAAAGAGCCGUUGGUGUGGACGCAAACGGGACCGAGGUGAAGGGGACACGUACCUCAGCUCAACUUCCACAAACAGCCCGAUGGAGAUACGUCACAGGUCAAAGUUGAAAGUGUAGAAAACAGAAACAGCAUGGAGAUGGAUGAGAGAAGAAGGAGCGGGAGCUCCAAAAAGGGUGGGAAACGUGUCAAAGCGGAGGAAGAAGCGAGAAGGAGAGAGGAGCUGAAGGAGAAGCUGAGGGAGAAGUUGGAGCUGGAGAAGAGAGCUUUGAAGGUGGUGGAGCGGCUCCUGGACGACAGUGUGGCUGAGGACUUCCUAGUGGACUGUGCCACAAUGAUCACCCCAGCUAAUUACAGAGAUACUGUAGAGGAGAGGUCUAUUGCUAAGCUGUGCGGUUAUCCCAUCUGUCCUAAUAAACUGGGCAAGAUCCCAUCUCAACAAUACAAAAUUUCUACUAAGACCAAUAAAGUGUAUGACAUCACAGAGCGCAAGUGUUUUUGCAGUAAUUUCUGCUACAAAGCCUCCAAAGCGUUUGAGCUACAAAUACCAAAGACGCCUCUUUGGGUUGGGCAACAUGAGAGUCCUCCUGAAAUUAAGUUGUUGAAGCAAGGAGAACGUGGGAGCUCUGGUGAGGAGGUGAUGCUGUCUGAGAGGUGUCUAAAAGAGGAGGACGUCGAGAACCCUGUGGCUGCUCAGCACAAGGAGCUUCACGGCUCUCGGGAUCAUCCUGCUGGAGGCAGCCACAGUGAUGUCAGUGACGACGAACAUGAGCAGGACUUUGUCUCCAGCGUGGUCUCUCAGCAGCAGAGACCCCGGGUCCACUGGGGUGACCUGCCUAAAUGCUCAGAUGAGAAUGAGAAAGGACAACAAAGGAAUUCUGAAACAAGAAAGAUAAACACCAAAGAGGGGAAUGAAGAAAAGAUCGAACCUCCUCAGAGUCAGAAUACAGAGGAACAGAGAAGUAUGAUAGAAGAUGAGGGAAGAAAAGGGGCAGACGUGCGUAAAACUGAAGUUACCGAUGCUGAAAAACCCAAAGAGCGGCAGGUGACACAUACGGACCAGGCGGCAUCACAAGAGAGAGAGUUGUCUGAGCUUUCUGGUGUGGAAGAGACUACAGCUGAGAUGAGUGUGUGCAGUUUAUCGGAGACGGUAACUCACAGCGUUCCUCGCUCAAACCCUCCAACAGAAAGUAAACAAAUUCCUGCCACUAAUCAGAACAGCCACGGCCAGCAAGAGCUCAACAUCACGCAGGUGGGUAUGAGCAAGAGGGGGGCAGCUGGGCUGCGAGGUCUACUGAAGAACCACGCCGAAGUCAAACCUGACUCUGUACGGAUGAAUCUGCUCGAUUGCCUAAAAAACACAUUGAAGGAGUGGUGUACCGAUGAGACGUUAACGUUCCUGUACGGCUCCGAUCACUCCCUUGGUUCUCCCUAUGCCGAGGUAAGAGAAGAAGAAGGCAAAGAGGAGUUGGAUGAAGAUGACCUUGAGGAUGAGGUGACAGCCGAUAACAGCGAGGACAAGAAGAGGCCGUCAGCUGCAGCUCCAAACUAUGACACGCUGCGGAGGGAGACCCAGGAUCUGGAGCUCCGGGUCAGAGAAUUUUAUAAGGGCACGUGGAUUCUGCCUGACGAGAAAGAGGAGCCCAAUAGAAAGCAGGUGACAGUCCAGGAAAGCAUCAAGGAUCCGGUCCUGCCGCUCGUUGACUCUCAUGCUCAGAACCUCAUCCAGAAACGAAUCACAGUGGAGAAACUCUCCAGCUGCCUCAGAAACAUUGUAGGUCCACUGCAUCUCACCAUGAUUGACAUCACUACCGACCUGAACAACCUGGUGCGGACGUUCAGGUUCACCAACAAAAACAUCAUCCAUAAAACUCCAGAGUGGACCCUCAUAGCUGUGGUGCUUCUGCAUCUGUUGUCAGAGGUGUCUCCGUUGGUGCGAGAAGCCCUGAAGACUUCGGCAUCUGUGGAGUAUUUGAACACGCUGAUGGUGGAGCUGGGUCUGCAGGAGCAGGACCUUCUGAAUUUGGUCCAGCUGUUUAAAUCCCCUGCGCACUGACACGGAUACGGAUAAAGCAAUAAAACUGCACUCUUUGACUGUGUGA